GAUCCCCAUUCCCCACGGGGAACGGUAGCAAUAGCAAUGGCAGCAAAUGGCAGCAGAUGGCUUUGUAGCAGCAGCAAAUCGCUCUAGCAGUCUAGCGGCAGCAAAGCAGAUGGAUCCGAUCCGGCAGCAGGCCAGCGGCAGCAAAGCAAAUGGAUCCGGUCUGGCAGCAGGCCAGCGGCAGCAAAGCAGAUGGAUCCAAUCCGACAGCAGGCCAGCGGCAGCAAAGCAGAUGGAUCCGGUCCGACAAUCCAGAUCUGAAGGAGGGAUCCCACGAUCGGAGAAAAUGGAGAAAGGGGGUUCUGGAUGGGAGAAGAAUCAGGUGAUGACCGGUGAUGUAGCAACAGUGGCUCCCCCUUUUAAAGAGAAAGGAAAACUAGGGUUUUUUGGGUUUGGGCUUGGGUUUUAAUGGGUUAAUUUGUGAAAGUGGUUAUUGGGCUCAAUAUUUGGGUUUGGGUUAGAUUUAUUGAUUAGGGUUAAAUGUAGGAGAAUGGGGUGGGUUGGAUUGGGAGUUGGGUUGGGUUGGAUAGUAUUGGGUUAAGUUUAAUUGUAAUUGGAUUGGAUUUGGGUUUGGGUUUGGGUUUAGGUUUAGGUUUGAGUUUAAAGAAUAAAUUAAUUUUAAAAUA